AGCCCCAGCCCGGGCGGAGGAAACUCCAUGUUGUAACAAAGUUUCCUCCGCGGCGCUGCUCCCGCGCCCACCGCCCCGCGCCGCCGCCGGCCCACGCCCCGCCUCCCCCCCCCCCGACCGGGGGGGGCCGCCCCCUCCCACCCCCCCGGAGCCCAUGGAGCACCAGUCCAUUAUCACCCAGGUUAGCAGGGAAGAGGGGAGCGCCCCGCUGCAAGAGAAAGGUACCCAAGCCCCUGCCAAGAAGCCUCGGAGCCGCAGCAUCCUCCAAUCCCUCUUCUGCUGCCUGUGCCGCGAUGAGGGGGAGCCCCGCGCCAGCACCACCAGCGCCCCGCUGCUGGUGGAGGAGAACGGGGCCCUGCCGAAGGCUGCUGUCAAACACCUCCUGCCUGAGAUCAAGCCACAGGACGCCAGCAAGCUCUGCGUGGUCAUCGACCUGGACGAGACGCUGGUGCACAGCUCCUUCAAGCCGGUGAACAAUGCUGACUUCAUCAUUCCCGUGGAAAUCGAUGGCACCAUGCACCAGGUCUAUGUGCUCAAGCGGCCUCACGUGGAUGAGUUCCUGCAGCGAAUGGGCGAGCUCUUCGAGUGCGUGCUCUUCACUGCCAGCCUGGCCAAGUAUGCAGAUCCUGUGGCUGACCUGCUGGACAAAUGGGGGGCUUUCCGGGCGCGGCUUUUCCGGGAAUCCUGUGUCUUCCACCGUGGCAACUACGUGAAGGACCUGAGCCGCCUGGGCCGCGACCUGCGCCGCAUCAUCAUCGUGGACAACUCGCCCGCAUCCUACAUCUUCCACCCCGAUAAUGCCGUGCCGGUGGCCUCCUGGUUUGAUAACAUGGCGGACACGGAGCUGCUGGACCUGCUGCCCUUCUUCGAGAGGCUCAGCAAGGUGGAGGACGUGUACGCAGUGCUCAAGAAGCAGCGGACUAACAGCUAGUGGCCUCCCCCACCACGCUGGUUGCUACCAGGGGGGGACACACUGCCGUGGCAGCUGGGUGCCUUAUUUUACGGAGGGUCCUAGUGUACCCCCCUUGUUGUCCUCUCCAGCCCCGGUGGGUGUGUGUGUUCUCCCUGCCUGCUGGUGGUGGGAGAUGUGGGUGUCCUCCUGCCAGGGAGCUGGGUGUUCCCUUUCUGCAGAGGAGGGGGGGCUGUGGGUGACCCACUGCCCUGCAGUGCUGGGGACCUGUUCGGGGGGUCCUGUCCUCCAUCCACUGUCCCACACCUCUCCCAACCUAUGUUCUCCAUCCCCAAAAUGGUUCUCAGGUCCUUUUCCCCUCUAUGUCUCCCUGAGUGGGGAAGGGGGGUCAGCAGCUGCUGCUUUCCACUGCCUUUGAGGGGGGACUGGACCCCCCCAUUCAGGCUCUGCCUGCUGGGGAGGCUGGUGGCCCUCGCUCCUAACGGUAGGGGGACACAAGAAAGUUAAUCCCUUAACACCCCCAGAAGACAGGGAGGGUCUUAUUUGCCUUGGUGGAUGGGGCUGCCACCAUACCCUUAAUUUUGCCCUUGGUGCAGCUCAUCACCAGGGAGGGGGCAUAUCCCUACCCCUUCCUUGUGCCUUCUGCUGCCCCCUGCCUAGAGGGUGUGUUCUGGGGGGCAGCUCAGCCUCGGGCUGGCCACAAAUGCCCCCCCUCCCCAGUGCCUUGGGACACCACUUCCUCAGUCCCUCUCAGCCCUGCAAGAAGUCUAUCUUUGGGGGGAGCUCUUAACUCACCUCCUCCAACCAGUUUCUUCCCAUGGAGGGGGUGGGUAUGGUGGUCUCUCCACACUCUACUGUGUCAGUGGAAACCACUCCAGUCACCAACGGGAGGUCUCCUCCCUCGUUGGGGAGGAGGAGCAUGCACCCCCUCCCCAUCCAACUGCAGCUUCACCAAAGGCUGUGACUCCAAUGGGGGAGGGACCUCCAUACCAGCCUUAGUGUGACCCCUCUUACCCCAGUCCCCUAGCUGGGGCAGGGGACACUGCCAACCCCCCCCUCCCUGCAGCCUAGGGUUACCCUGACCCCCGUGGGGUUGGGCUGUGCCAGGGUGUCCCCCAGCCUUGAGGGGCUGGGGGCUCUCAGGGUGGGGUUGGGGGGUUGGGGAGGAACUGAGCUCAGCCAGGCCUUUUUUAGUGUCACAAGAUGGACAAUAUUUCAUAUAUUUUUAGGGGGAGAAGCAACAGUUUCCCAAAAACAUGGGUGCCUUUUUACUGCUGUGCCAGGGAAGGGGAGGGCAGUAUUUGGAGGCAGGGACGGGUGGGCGGGACGCGAGGGGUUUUAGCUCUCUGGUGCUGUCUGGCCGGCUCCUGUUGGCACUGCCCUUUUCCCAGUGCUGGGUGCCAGGGGCAGGGGUCCCCCCACCUUGCCUGCACCCCUGCCUUCACCUCCUGCCCCACGGCAGGGGGCUGGAUGGGGGACACUGUGGCACACCCCCCCUCCCAGGCCUCUGACUGCCCUUAGCCUGAUCUUGCCCCUCCAGGAGCAUUCAACUCAGCACUUUAUAUUAGACAAGUCAAAUGACACCAGCAGAGCCACUGCCUGGCAAGCACCCAUGGGUGCUGCAGCACCUGAGGAGCACAGCCCCCAUGCUGGGCACCCUUGGGGGCUCUGGUGGGGGGCAGCAGUGGCAUUAGUGGGGCUAGGGAGGGCUGGGGGACCAGAUCCAAGUGCCUUCAUGUGAUUAAAGCUGUCAAACCAUCUUAGAAA